GCCGCGAAAAUGUUUCCACCAUCGCCGGUUUUGGGCAUUUCUCAUCCGCCGAUAUUUGUGUUUUUGUCGGCGUGUCCGAGGACCUUUCCCCGUGCGAAUCUUUAGGCUAUUUCUCUGUGGUGUUUGUUGACCAGCGGUUUUAUUUUAGAGAUUAUUUUGUCUCCAAUGUCAGUUGUUGCGUGACAGCUCCAGGCUCGGCGACAGCUUGAAACAGUAGAUGCAAAUUUUUCUGUUUAUUACACAAACGUGUCACCAUUUACCUGUCAUAACCGUGCCAUUCAAUAUUUGUAAGUGUAGCGGGAGGAAACGGAGACAGUAAGAGUAUUAAAUCUCUUGAGUUAAAUGGGCUGUUUUUUUUCGGUUGCCAGCUUAGUUAGCCUGCUAGCUAGCUAUAUGGGUUGCUCUCUUUCCGUUGUAUAACAACACCUGUGGCAUUAAAAGUUUGUUCUUCGCUCAGUGAAGAAGCUCAGCGUAAUGAGGCUUCACUUAUUGGCCACCAGGAUGAUCAUAGUUGUGGUGUGGUGAGAAAAUUUGUCACUGCCUGGGGGGUUAGGGUCUGAAACAGCCAUUUUUGCCUACAAGAGACAUUCCAGAGGGUUUUGGUCGGCCACCAUGUCUUUCCAGUGGUCUGUUAUCCUUUCGUGACCUCAAUGACCUCAAUACCGCUUUUGACCAUAGAGUCAGCUCUGACCCCAAACCCUUUCUACAACACCUGAGAAAAGACGUUAAGCUCGUGCAAACGCUGCAGUGAGGUGCUCUUCCAAAUGCCUACCUCACGCCUAAAGAACAAAUCACUGCAGCCACAGCCCUGAUCAGCAACCACCAUGACAUCAAGUAUAGGGGAUGAUUGUAGUAUCUUUGAUGGGUUGAUGGAAGAAGAUGAGAAGGACAAGGCAAAACGUGUGUCCCGCAACAAGUCGGAGAAGAAACGGAGAGACCAGUUCAAUGUCCUCAUUAAAGAGCUUGGCACGAUGUUACCAGGCAACACCAGGAAGAUGGACAAGUCCACCAUCCUGCAGAAAAGCAUUGACUUCCUGUGUAAACAUAAAGAGAUCGCAGCCCAGUCCGAGUCGAGCGAGAUCAGACAGGACUGGAAGCCUCCAUUUCUUAGCAACGAAGAAUUCACCCAGCUCAUGCUGGAGGCUCUGGAUGGGUUCUUCAUAGCAAUAAUGACUGAUGGGAACAUCCUCUAUGUCUCUGAAAGUGUCACAUCAUUACUAGAACACCUACCGGCGGACCUGGUGGACCAGAACCUGUUAAACUUCCUGCCAGUUGGGGAACACUCUGAGGUGUACAAGGCUCUGUCCACACAUCCCACCGACCUAGAGAGCCUUAGCACAGACAGCCUGAAGAAUGCUGCAUGUGAGGACUUCGGAGACCACUUCAGAAAUAAGAAUCACCUGGAGUUCUGCUGUCAUAUGCUGCGAGGGGCCAUAGACCCCAAAGAGCCCCCCAUCUAUGAAUAUGUUAAGUUCAUCGGCAACUUCAAGUCCCUUAAUAAUGUUCCCAACAUGACCAGAAAUGGCCUGGCUGGGGUGUUACAGCGCUCGCUACAGCCUGCCUUUGAUGACCAGGUGUGCUUCGUAGCCACGGUUCGAUUGGCCAAACCUCAGUUUAUUAAGGAAAUGUGUACAGUAGAGGAGCCAAAUGAAGAAUUCACCUCCAGACACAGUCUAGAAUGGAAAUUUCUCUUCUUAGACCACAGAGCUCCACCUAUUAUAGGCUACCUGCCUUUUGAAGUUCUGGGGACAUCAGGGUAUGACUACUACCACGUGGAUGACCUGGAGACGUUAGCUAAAUGUCAUGAACACUUGAUGCAGUACGGUAAAGGGAAGUCAUGCUACUACCGUUUCCUAACCAAAGGUCAGCAGUGGAUCUGGCUGCAGACACACUACUACAUCACCUACCAUCAGUGGAACUCACGACCAGAGUUUAUUGUCUGCACGCACACUGUGGUCAGCUAUGCAGAAGUAAGGGCUGAACAACGCAGAGAGCUGGGCAUCGAAGAGUCUAAUCCAGAGGCCGCAGCUGAUAAGAGUCAGGACUCUGGCUCAGAGUCGCAACUCAAUACAUCCAGCCUGAAGGAGGCCCUGGAGCGAUUUGACCACAGCCGAACACCCUCAACUUCCUCGCGGAGUUCCCGCAAGUCCUCAUCACAUGUCUCUGACAACACUUGCACUUCAACAGCUCCCAAGCUGCACAUGGACACGGCCACACCUCCUCGGCAGUCACUGGCGUCCACCAUGGAGAUGACAUCACAGCGGCGCUCAUCCAUCAGUAGCCAGUCUAUGAGUUCUCAGACCACAGGACAGAGUGUAAAUCCAGCCAUGCUCACUCAGCAGCAGCAGCAACAGCAACAACAACCACAGCAGCUUCAGACAAAUGUGCAGCCUGUGAUGGAGUUCUCAGCACAGGUGAACGCCAUGCAGCACCUCAAGGAGCAGCUUGAGCAGAGGACCAGGAUGAUCCAGGCAAACAUCCAGCGGCAGCAGGAGGAGCUCAGACACAUCCAAGAGCAGCUGCAGAGGGUCCAGGGACAGGGCAUACAGCAGAUGCUGCUGCAGCAGCAGGGUGGAGCGAUGAAUGUACAGCUCCCUCAGGUGGGGUCAGUCCAGCAAGCUGCUACUUUGACCAGUCAGGUCCAGCAAACAACAAUUAACCCCGUCCAUUCAGGAACUAUGCAACUCACCAUUCAGCCGCAGGCUCCCCCCCCUCAGCAGAGCUUACAGCAACAGACCAACACACUCACACAGCCCCAGCGUCAGCCCCAGCAAUCUGCCCAGGCCCAGCCCCAGUCCCAGGGCUCUGUAUCAGCUCCCCUAUACAACACCAUGAUGAUUUCCCAGCCAGGGCAACCAAAUGUGCUUCAGAUCAGCACCAGCCUUCCACAGAACAACACACAGCAAGGCACAGCUGUGGCCACCUUCACACAGGACCGACAGAUUCGAUUCCCAGCAGGGCAGCAGCUGGUGACCAAGCUGGUGACAGCUCCAAUGCAUGCAUGUGGCGCCGUCAUGGUUCCCACCUCUAUGUUCAUGGGGCAAGUGGUUACUGCGUAUAACCCUUUCGGCAAUCAGCAGCAAGGGGGCCAGACCCAGACUCUGACUCUGCAACCGGCUCAAGCACCCCAAGGUCAGCCCGACAACCAGAACCAGACAAUUGUAAUGACGCAGAGCAGCCAGCAGGGGCAGCAGCAGCAACAGCAAUUUUUACAGGGCACUCGUCUUCUCCAUGGUAACCAGUCUACCCAGCUGAUUUUGCAGGCAGCUUUUCCACUCCAACAACAGGGAACUUUUACCCAGGAAACGCAUCCACAGCAGCAGCAGCAGCAACAACAACAACAACAACAGCAGCAGCAGCAGCAAAGACAACAACAACAGCAGCAGCAGCAACAAUCUCACCACCACAGGCACCAGCAGCAGCUGAAACCACAGCCCCAGAAACAGCAGAAAGCCCCGUCGUCACACAGGACUGACAGUGUCAGCAGCCAGCCCCAAUGAAGCCUGAAGGAAAACAUGUGCGGCGGGAAAACUUUGGGGAAUUAAAACUUUUUAACCGAUUGCUGCAUAUGUUUGUUUUGGUCGUGUGGCUGCCAUAGACUUCUUUCUUUUUUCCUCAAAAGAAUUUGUUGCCCGCUUCCACCACUUCCCUGCAUCUAAAAGAAAUUAAUCAUAGGAAGGAGGAACUCUGAGUCCAAAAGGAACUCGCCACAGACUGUCGCCAUGGCAACAGGAUGGUUAAAAUCCCCAUUUCUCUCAUCAGAGGCAGAAGCGUGAGGGAGAUUAAGUCUUCAUGGAAAUCUGAAAACAUACACCUUACUGCGACAGUCCCGACAGACUUUUUUUUUUUGUUGUUGUUUUUGUUUUCUUUUGUUUUUUGAAGGUGUUUCCAAGUGGACAGACCAUGUACAAAUUUACUGUAUGAUAAAAAAAAAACAAAAACCUUGUAAAUAUCUCGUAUAGCCUAACAGAAACCAGAAAUGUAGUAUUUUAUAUGAUUGCAUGAAAAGAAUAACUGUGUAAGCUUUUAUUAGUUGCUUUUCAAAAAUGAAUUUUUACUUUAAGUGUUUUUUUUUGUUUUUUGUUUUGGUCUUUUGGUCAAAGACGGAGUAAUUACGUGCUUUCAAAGAACCCUCCCCCUUCUCUCUCUAAAAAAAAAAAGAAGAAGUCCAGAAUAUGGCUUUAAAGAUCUGUCGGUGUGUUUUAAAAAAGAAAUGGUCGGGCUUGGGUGUUUGUUUUUUUUUUUGUGGAAGUUGCUUUUAAACACUGUGUCUCUAAGACAAAAAUGGAUCUUUUAACUUUGUAAUUACAAAUUAUAUUCAACAAGAAAAAUAGAUUACAGUUUAACUGAAUUAUUUGCAGGAUGAUUACUGUACGUAUAACGGGUUUAGUGAUUCCAAGUGCCAAUAACAUAGUUAAUUGUUAUGUUUUUUUUUUUGUUUUUAAUAUUCAAAAGGCGUAUAUAUUUUCCAACAAGAUAUUACCCCUAAUAAAAGUUCAUGCGUGUGUAUAUAGUAGGGAUUAUUUUUUAACAGUCGGAGAGCCCUAUACGUAACAAACAGUAUAUCCUCAACCUCCUGAAAACUUCUAGCACUUGAUGUGGUUGUGUACAGUAAAUUACUGUUGAGACCUAGUUGUCUGUAAAUCCGUGGUGUGAUUCUGUGAGCUGAUGUGUGUGUUUUUGAGAAUUCGAUCCUCGUUCGCAUGGGUGAGCAUGGGCAUAUCUGUGGUUGGUCUGUGUUUUCGUUGCCCCUUGUGUCUUACAAUGUUUGACUUAGUAAGGGUUUGAAGUUGCUGGAUGGUACUUGUUCUCUCAGGAAUGUGGAAAGUUUUUUUUUUUUUUUUUUGCUUCUGCCUCAGUCUGGAAUCAGACCAGGAAGGAUUAGACAGUGAUGCGCGAAAGACCAGAGGAAAUAAUGUCAGGGUGUGGUAGCUCAGUCAAAUUUGACACAGAUAACAAAAAGCCUUUCUUGUUUCCUCAUCUGCAUAGAAAUGAAGGGGGUAGACUUCAAGGAGAGGAGUUAAGAUGAUGCUUUUUGUAAAGUUUGAUGAGAGUUGUUGAGAUACAGUAGCACAUGUGCAUCUAAAAAUCCUCUUACAUUUUCCCUGAUUGGAAUUAAUGAAGCAGUUUGCGUUGUGGAGUCUGGAUUUCUUCUCAUGGUCAACUGUGUCAUCAGUGUUUUAUCCUUCUUUCUCUUCCUAGGCCUCAGAAAUCCUCAUGCAGUUCAGUUUACUUGUUUCUCAGUUUUCAAACAGCAGUUGCAACCAGGACUGGGCCCUGAUCCAUUUUUAAAGACAAAAAUGGAUUUUGGCUCAGUAUAUGUACUAGUGAUAAGCCAUAUCAAACAGAAAAGCCUUGGAUUGGAGGAGUGUAAUUGUUGGCAAAGGAGCAUUUAGAAUGUGUUGUUUUGUCUGAGAGUUGGAAAGAUGGUGUGUGUGUGUGGGUGUGUGUGUGUGUGUGUAUGUGGAGUAAAGCAUCUCCUUUCCUUGAUCCUACUUCUUGUAUCACUUGGGGGUCAGUAUUGGUUUCCCCUGGCGAUAGCCAAUCAGUUCUUGCGUUGCAGUAUAAAGAAGUAAUUUUUAAGAAACGUCCUCUCUGGUUGGGCUCAGUAUUGUGCAAGCGUGUGUGUGUGUGGGACAGCUCAACUUGAAUACAUGUUUGUGUGAGAGAAAAUGUGCAUGCGUGGUAACUGUCACUGUAGCCCGUCGUAUUUUCAUAUGGAAACAGACGUGUGAGCGGAAAGGGUGGAUGUUGGGCGAUGCAGCGCACCUGUUUACUGUGUGGCUAUGAAGAAGAUGGGGACAGAUUGCUAACCACACACUUGUCACAAUAACUACACAUCAGACAGGUCUCAAAUACUAACCCUCUGAGAGAAAAAAAGUAUAUUUAGAUUUAACUGAGAUUGUCCUCAGCUAGGAGUAGUAGAGAACUUUAGCAUUGAGGGUCUUAUUUGAGUCAGGUCUUUGGCCCAUAACUUAGCAAACGUAAAACCUCAGUAGAUCAGUCUGUGUUAAAGGAGUCCCUCUAAUGGGGUAGUGCUGAAAUGUUUAUAGUUUGUGUCACUGAUACCCAGCCCAAAGAAUGUAAAGGUGUUAUAUAGAGACUAAUGGAUGUUGUAACUGUUCAUGUCGGAGAACUUUUGACUGGCUUUGUUAUGAAGGAAAAGGAGGGCUGUGAAAGAUCAUUCUCACUAUACUGUUCCACAUUUACAAUCUGAAAUACAAUCUUUCGUUUUAUUCAUUCACAGGUUUUGCUUUGUCAAUGAAACCCUGAAUGUUUCAAGCUUUACAAAUGUCUAUUUUUUCCCCCUAAUAAUGUGUGUUUGACACCUGGUCGAAAAGGGUUCAAAAGCUGUUGAAAACAGAAGUUUUUCUUAUUUGAAAUGGGAUGGCAUUCACAAGACAGCGAGGACCCCCUCCCUGCCCUUCCACACAGAUACACCUAUCACUUUUCUACCACAGUUUUGUUCUAAAGAGUCUAGUUCUAGUAUAAUACUGUACACAUACACAAAGCUAAGAACACCAGUAUUCAGUGUAAAAUGGUGCUAUGCUUACCUGUACUGUAAGUAUGUAUAUCCCUUCUGCUCUUGAACUGUGCUCCUCUAUCUACCCCAAAGUCAAAUGUUUUAAUAAUCAAUAUUUUGAAGCAAAAUGUUUGCAAUUAUUAUAACCCCACCCUGUCCCUUCUUGGUCAAUCUGAAAAUAAAAACAGUUGCAGAUAUUAA